GAACGAGCCAAACCCAGGAAGUGAAACCAAAACAAUACCAUGGAUGUAUUACAGGAUAAUACGGGCCAUCAGCCGUGGCAGCGAAGAGACUUCCAAUCUUCACUGUGCACCAGGUACACACUGCUGGGACUUUGGUUUUAGAGGAUGUGAGAAGUUGAAAGAACAUUACGAGAACAACCGUCAGCUUGUCGGAUAGUGUUCGCCUCAGUCCAGACCUUUAAAUCCGCCCACAUUAGCCGACCCAGUCUGUAAUGCAUAGUCGGACCGCAUUUGUCUCGGGAGGAUAAAUAAAUAGCGUCCGCUUUUUCCGUUUCGUCAAUUUUGCCGAAAACCACUACUACGACUGGAAAGUUAACAGAUGUUUCAAGUCAAAACGGAACUUGCAAACCAAUACAGCCUUUAUCCCGCUGAACAACAGAUUUUCCUUGGGAAAUGGAGACAAACAUAACCGACGUGGAUUACUUCAGUACCACACCGUGAAUGGUAGGCUGUAGUAAAAGUUCAGUUCCUAUAUUCAUUAAAUAUUAUACCCUUUGCACAUUUUUUAGGUAAGGCCGUAAAUUAAUAAAACUAUAAGACGCUUCACCUGGACGCGGACUUAGAAUAACUACAUACCGGAAGUAUGUAAGUUUGUGGUCCAUCGAAUCACACAUCUAGCUUGUAGACAGCUGUCCGGUUCAUCCUCCUCCACCAAAUAAUUAUGGAGCGCGUGCAGUGGUGCGACAACACACGCACUGCGUCUCUCCGUUUCAGCUCACCCUCCACACCCGCCGGAGUCGGCAGGUGAUCCAGUGGCAUGCCGUCUGACGUGGAGUACAGCCCGGUGGGAGAGGGCCUGGGGAUGCGAGACUACUGGCUGUAUGUGUGGCUCCGGAGGGCGGCGGUGAUAGCGGCUCAUGUCACCGGCCUGGGCCUGACCCUCAUCAUCUCCCUGCUGUCCAGACCCGGAACCAGUCUGUUUUCGUGGCAUCCGGUGUGCAUGUCUGUUGCAUACUGCCUGUGUAUGACUGAAGGCAUCCUCCUCUUCUCGGCUGAAAGAUCCCCCUUUUGUUUCAAAUCUCGGAAGUGUAAAGUCCGUCUCCACUGGUUCUGUCAGGCUCUGGUCCUGAUAGCUGCGGCCACUGGCCUGGGCUUCAUGUUGGCCAGCAAGAACGUGUCGGAGCUCCCCCACCUGGUCACCUGGCACAGUUGGUUGGGCAUCAGCACCUUGGCUGCCACCGUGCUCCAAGCGUCUUGCGGUAUCUGCUUGAUCUUCCCUAAGCUGCUGCGUCUGUCCUCCUCUCCGCUGAGGCUGAAGCUGUACCACGCCACCUGUGGUCUGCUGGUCUACCUGUUGGCCACGGUAACCGUGGUGUCGGCCAUGUUCUCAGACUGGUUCCAGGCUACGGUGAAAGGGGUGGCCUGGUGGGGCUUCCUCCUGCUGCCCCUCUUCCCCGCUCUGGUGGUGAUGAACCAGAUCACGAAUGCCUACCUGCCCCGCAAGAAGAUCACAAGCUAGGAAGCACAUAGCACGAGGCAGAUCCUCUUUGUUCUCUCAGUGGCCAUAUUGGGUCUACAUUGUAGUCAGAGGCCCAGACAAUCACAUUGAAGAGUGCUCCCCUAAAGUAAAAUAACUAAAGAAUAGCUCGACAUGCUGGCAGUCCCACAGUCUGCAUUUAUAUAACAACUUUCUAGUCUUCUGGAGACUUGUAGCGCUUGUAACUGCAUAUCAACACUUACACUGAUGGCAGAGGCUGCCAUGCUAGGUGCCACCUGCUCGUCACACUCUAAACCAAUCACGCACGCUGAUGAGAAAGGGAGACAUUUAGGGUUCAGUAUCUUCCACUCACGUUAUUGUGUGAAGUGACUGUAGCAGUAGGAGUCUUUGUUGUUAGCAGCAGGCUAGCAGAUGUGUUUUAGUGUGGAGAGUUACAAGUAUUCCAUUUGAUAAAUCAAUUAAGUGAUUAACACAGUAAUUAUGUAAUGAAUUGGAAGAAGUGAUUUUAAACUACAAAUUAUAAACAUCUUGGGCAGUAGUCAUUAAUUGGACUGUAUGCAUUACUAGGUUGUGUGCACUAUUUUAAAAUGAUACAUCCUAGUGGCCAGUAGAAGAACUGCAGCUAAAAACACUUAAACGUUGGCAUCUUUGACUCCUGCUAUAAUAAGAAACACAAAGACAUUUUUAAAGAAUCGAAUGACACUAUGUAUACACACAUGGAGCAGGACGAGUAGGACACGGUCAUUGAUCCAAACUACUGGAGGCAAUUCCAUCGGUGUAGCUGGAGGACACCUGAACGUCUUUUAUCUCCAGAGGAACAUUUGCACUACUUAUGCAGUGACGAAGUCUCAAAGACAGUGUGUAGAGACUGGUUUCUGAAGGGAAAUGCUGUUUAUGUUUUUAUGUUUGAUUAUAUACCAGCCUGUAAAUUCUAUUUAUUUAUUCAUUUAUGAUAUUUUGUGUUGUGUCUGUCUUGGCUGCUCAGAGGUGCUACAUGAAGCAGUUUAGCAUUAAGUUCCAUCAAUCAACAUUUUUUAUAUUAAAGCGGCAACAUACGACACUCUGAACAUUAAUACAGCAGCAAACAACUAUUAGCUAUGUAAAGGAAUAGUGGAGUAAUGUCUACCUGCGGAUACAGCUGAUAAAGCAUCCUCUGGUUCUCCCUCAGGUCAACACUGUUAGCGCUGUUAGCUACGAGCCGCCAGCUCAGGCAUUUGAAAUGUCUUCUAGCAUUAUCAUUGGUGUUACAAAUUGGUUUCUUCAUUUGAUUAUAAAAAUGAUAGCAUUGAUAGCAUUACCAUGUUAUAAACUACAUGUAGCACCUCUGGCUCAUGAGCUACUACUUAUCUUUGUCUCUUUGUGUUUCGUUUGUUGUAGUAAUCAAAAGGAAAAAUUAAUGUGUUGCUACGUCAUAAAGGACAAAAGACUUCUGUCCAGUCCGCUCAAUAUCUCUGCAAGAUAGACCGAAAGAUUGUACCAAUAACUGCACUUUUCCAUCCAAUUCAGAACUAGUUAUAAGUCAAGGUGAAAUGAAUCAAAACCAGCUUCCUUAUAAAUGAACAUCAGAGGGCUUUACGUCUCCGAGGCGCAUUUUUUAUCUGGGCAACAAUAGCAAGACAACGUAUACACUAGAUAAAACAACACGAUACAUAAAAGUCAAUCAGUGUGAUAGAAUGAAUAGACUCGGUAGGAUAAACUCAUAGGUAAUCAUUGGUGGUGUCACUUUAGCGCUGCCUUUAGCCAAAGUUCCAGAGUCUAUAAUGUUUGUGGGUAUAGAAAUCCACUUCCCACUACUUCUACAGAGAGAGAGCAGACUGACCAGAGGUCUCUCUCUGAACCCAGUAGAUGCUCUAGUCCUACUGGUACUGCCACUGCCGGCAUAGACCAGGCCUCUCAAAGAGGAGAUGGUGCGAGAUUAGGAAUCAUUUUAAACAUCAGACAUGUCAUACAGGAGUCAUACAAGAAUUUAUAAAGAUUGAGGACAUUUUUUUUCAGGAUAUUACAGUGAUGAUCCCAUGGCUUUUUAAUCUAGUAAUUCA